GCCUUGGCGUUUAUGUAAGUCAAAAGGAUGAUCCACUUUGCUCCUUUUUCUUUCGGUUUGGUUUAGGGUCGAUGAACAGAGUGCAGUCACAUGGGGAUCUGGCGCUGUUGUCCCCCUGAAGUGCAAUGUGUAAAGCCAAGCACCGACGAAUCAAACAGUACUUGCACUAAAACCAAAGUACAUAAUGAAGUAGUUGAUCAUAUUCAUAGAUGUUAUUGUUAACCGUCACUAUCAGUGCCACCAAAUUGAAGCUAUUCAAAAUAUGUUAAACUGGAAGUUAUUUACAGCACAGGAUUCCAUUUAUAUCAAAUGGUAAACUAGUAGUUUCACCAGAACAUGAUCAGUUUUUAAGUGUAGUUGGACAAGUUUAGAUUAGGUAGAUCAUGCACCCUUGACCAGAGAGUUAGUUAAUAGUAAUUAGCUUGGUCAUCUAAUCUUUGUGAGGACUAAGGAGGCUUCAUAUAGUGGAAGGGAGAAAAGCAUCAUCAGCUUGGCUUGUGAUAUGGAACAAAGAGGCAGAGGUAGAGUGUGUGUCACAGGGGCUUCAGGCUUUCUCGCCUCUUGGCUCAUUAAGCGACUUCUUUUGUCUGGCUACCAUGUCAUUGGAACUGUCAGAGAUUUAGGGAAGCAGAAGAAGUAUGAAUACUUAUGGUGUCUAGAAGGGGCAACAGAGAGGCUCCAACUAGUCCAAGCCGAUUUGAUGGAAGAAAGCAGCUUCGACAACGCAAUCAUGGGAUGCAAAGGAGUCUUCCAUGUGGCCUCUCCCGUACUCAAUACUAUAUCUGAUCCCAAGUCAGAAAUAUUGGAACCGGCAGUUAAAGGCACGCUGAAUGUUCUUCGCUCUUGUGGAAAGAACCCAGCCCUUUGUCGUGUGGUAUUAACCUCUUCAUCUUCAACUCUUAGGCUAAGAGAUGAUUUUGAUCCAAACACCCCACUAGAUGAAUCAUCCUGGAGCUCCUUGGAAAUUUGUGAGAAACUCCAGGCAUGGUAUGCGAUGGCAAAGACACAGGCAGAAAGAGCAGCGUGGGAAUACUGCAUAGAGAAUGGAAUAAAUUUGGUGACAGUUCUGCCAUCAUUCAUCAUUGGACCCAGCUUGCCACCAAAUUUAUGCUCUACUGCAUCUGAUGUGCUAGGCUUGCUCAAAGGAGAAACCAAGCGAUUCCAACUACUUGGAAGGAUGGGAUAUGUUCAUAUCGAUGAUGUUGCCCUUUGCCAAAUCCUUGUUUAUGAAAAUGAAGGCUCCCAUGGUAGAUACCUUUGCAGCUCUACCGUAAUGGAUGAAGAUGAUUUGGCUGCAUUGCUAGCCAAUCGUUAUCCUACCCUCCCCAUCUCCAAAAGGUUCGAGAAACUAGAUAGGCCAAAUUACGAACUAAACACUGGAAAGCUGAGGAGUCUAGGAUUCAAUUUUAAGUCUGUUGAAGAAAUGUUCGAUGAUUGCAUUGCAUCCCUUGUGAAGCAGGGCCAUGUCACUCUUCAGCAAGGCCACGGUCCAAUUUAAUAAACUUACAUAAGUUUUUAGUUGAGAUUGUACUCUGAAUCCAAAUGAUCAAUAACAUUGUUGGGUUGGUGGUACUUGCUUGCCAAAUUAAUGACCCUAUAUUUCAAAUGUAGAACUGUGAUAUUAUAUCGAGA